GCUCCUUCUGCAAAAUCCAAGAACCAAGGAAGAAAAUUUAGAUAUCAAAAUUUUCACAUUGUAAACAGAAAAAAAAAAUGGCAUCCAUUUCAUUUCUCAAGCUCAUUUCUAUCCUCUUCUUCCUCGUAUGUUUCUUCACAACUCAAGCCGUUUCACAAUCUGAUGAAUGUGUAACAACAGCCAACGAAUGCACCAACAAAGACAAGGCCUUGCGCCUCAAAAUCAUUGCCAUUUUCUCGAUCCUCGUCGCGAGUGUCAUCGGCGUUGGCUCGCCGCUUGUCACGCGAUCGAUCCCGAYGUUGCACCCCGAUCGGAACCUGUUUAUCAUCCUCAAAUCCUUCGCUGCUGGCAUCAUUCUCGCAACGGGGUUCAUGCACGUCCUACCGGACUCGUUCGAUAUGCUUUGGUCGAGCUGUCUGAAGGAGAAUCCAUGGCACAAGUUUCCCUUUUCGGGGUUCGUCGCGAUGAUGUCAGCGAUCGUCACCCUCAUGGUGGACUCCAUGGCCACAAGUAUCUACACCAAGAAGCAUAGAGAAAUUAUGCCUGAGGGUUCUGAUCAGAGAGGAGAUGAUCAAGAGAUGGCUGUGGCCAGUGGAGGCCAUUUCCACGGCCACCAUCAUAGAGAUGCCAAAGAAAUUGGAGCUGGUUCUAAAUUGUUGCGUUAUAGAGUUAUUGCCAUGGUUUUGGAAUUGGGAAUUGUGGUUCAUUCUGUUGUGAUUGGACUUUCACUUGGAGCAACAAAUGAUACUUGCACAAUCAAAGGUCUAGUGGCGGCUCUUUGUUUCCAUCAAAUGUUUGAAGGGAUGGGGCUCGGAGGCUGUAUUCUUCAGGCAGAAUACAAGUGGAUGAAGAAGGCAAUAAUGGCAUUCUUCUUCUCAGUGACAACCCCAUUUGGGAUAGCCCUUGGAAUUGGGCUGUCAAGAACAUACAAAGAGAACAGCCCCAGUGCCCUAAUCACUGUGGGAUUGCUGAAUGCUUCUUCUGCUGGCCUUCUCAUCUACAUGGCCUUGGUGGACCUGCUUUCUGCUGACUUUAUGAGCCCUAAAUUGCAGGGCAGCAUCAAACUUCAGCUCAAAUCCUAUGUUGCUGUGCUCUUGGGGGCUGGAGCCAUGUCCUUAAUGGCCAAGUGGGCUUGAUUUCACAUAUAUAUACCCCACUGUAUGUCUCUAGGUUUUGUCAAUCCUUAAAUAAAUAUUUUACUCUAAAGUCGACAUCUUUAUUUUCUUCUUGUGUUUGUAGAAUCUAAUCUAGCUCCCUCUUGGGUGUGUUGUUCUUAGUUUCUUUUGAGAAGUUGAUUGGUAAAUGCUUUGGUUCUCUUCUUCUAGGUGGUUACUUGAUCUAUAGAGAGAGUUCAUGUUCUUAAUAAAAUUUAGUUCUUUUCAUA